AUGGCGGAAGAAAUGAAACCCAGAGACAGCAAGAAAGUAAGUAUAUUUCACAAAAAGACGAGAAAGAACGGAAAACGGCCCGGAAAACGGGUUAGGAAAUCAAAAAACAAGAGUAAAUUUUCCAUAGAAAAUCAAAAAACAAGAGUAAAUUUCCGGUGAAAAAACGAAAGAAAUUUCAGACGGAAUUACUCGAGACAGAGGACGGAGAGAAACAAGACAGACAGCGGCUGAUUCCAACGACGGCAGAAUGGAAGCAGAUGGAAGAAGAAUACACUCACAAGAAAGACGAAGAAAGGACGGAACAAUGGCUGGCGCGAUCAACAGAAGUAAAUCCUCAAAAACUCACCAUUUGGAGAGAUCCGGAGGAUAAGAAGGUAGAACGAAGACCAAUACCGACAACAACGCCGCCACCGCCAUAUCAAGCCGCCGAAAUAAAGAUCGCCGCGGUAUUGGCCAAUGAAGAACUCACCAACAAAACGAUCUGGGCGAUAAGACUCUGGAGAACCGACAGGCAGUACCACUCUUGGAGGUGCCAAGUGUGCCGACUGAAGAUUAAGCUGGAGGGAAUGGAGACUAUCCAGCUAAUCUGGCAUGCGACUCACGAGUGUUUCGUCGACAAAUAUCACCUCCGGCCGAUAUUCAUUUAUCGGAUGACAGGAGGAGCAGUGUGCUGGACAUGUCUCGGAGACAAAACGCACCCACAACACCAAAGAUAUGGAUGCCGAAACCAAGGACUGGCAAAAUGUCGGUGGUGCUCGGCACUCCAAGCGGAAAAUCAUUGGCACAUCGCAGCGACGGGUUGGUGUGAAAGAAAUGCGACGGAUUUUCCGGAAAGACUCGAAGCAGAUCCAAAACGACAACAAGCAGCCGUCUGGAAACUACGGACGUUUGAAAAUCAAUGGUCAGUCCAAGACGAACAAAAGAGACCGGAUCAAGAGGUGGAGCACGAAGUAGAUCGAUGGUUGAGAAGUUGUAGCGAACGACAACAACGAAAACGAGCAAAAAACGAGGUAAACUAGAAACAAAAACAACACCCCAAAGAGAAUAAUCAAACAGCUACGUGAAAAAAUUUAUUUUUUCAGCGUCAACAACAAACCAUCGACAUCAAAGCACCGCUCGAGAUCGUCGAAAAGAAAGAAGAGAACACAGAGGAAAGAAUACAAGAGCAGAAUCAUCAGGUACAAAACAAGAAAAGAGAAAUCAAGAAAAGAAAACAAAGAAUUGUUACAGCCAGUGGACACGGGAAGCGAGCUCGACCAGGAGAUCGCAAUCGCCCGUCGACAAUGGCAUAACAGAUGGAUGAGAGCAAGAGGCAGCGACUCAUAA